UGUUGUUACGUUUGUUGUUCAAGUUUUAAAGCCGCUCGUGUAAUGCUCGCUAGUGUAAUGUUUACGAAGGUUGUAUUUUUUACACUUUUACUCACAAAAUUCUUUGUAUACAUUUACCUUUGCUGUCAUAGUGACUAAUUCAAAGUCGAAACAAUAAUGCAAACACGCAAGAAAUCCUGCACUGGAAGUUCGCGCCCAUCUACCGGUGCAAGUGAACGAACGUAUUCCUUGGAAUUAUGUAGGAUCUGUUUAGACGAUGGCGAUAAACCAAUAUUUGGAGAAAACGACCUAUCUCAUGAUAUUGCCGAGUUUGGCCAGAUCAAAAUUGCAAAAGACGAUAACCUACCACAGUCCAUAUGUGAACCUUGUUUGUCUUUGCUGAAAUCAGCAAUGCUGUUCAGACAGAAUGCUAAACUAUCGGAGGACAUAAUGAAUAAACGUAAACAUGAAAUAUUUAAAUGUACUAAAAGAACAAGUUACACAGAUAAUGAAUCUGAAGAUUUUGAGAGAAAAAAUGAAGAGGAUAUUUAUAUAAAAACAGAAUAUCUUGAGUUCGAGUAUAGCUCAGAUUCCAGUAUAGAUAUUGGUAACUUUGAAUGUAAAAGUGAAGUUUUCGAUGAAGAAGAUAGCAUCAGUCGUAAUCAUACAAUAUCAGAGGAACACGAAAGUGAAUUUGUCAGGGAGUAUAACACAGACACAGAUAAUUGUGACGAAUCUUUAGUUGAAAUGAAUGGAAAAGAAGCAGAUAAUGAAAUGAUAAUGAUUAUUGUUUCUGACAAAGAUAAACAAAAAUUAAGAAAAGAAAACAAGAUUGAAAUAGACAGUGGUACUAAAUCGCAGCAGAGUGCACACCUAUCAGAGAAAGGAAAUACAAAUUUAAAAGAGUGUGAAGUUUGCCGUGAGCUGGUUUCUAAAUUGAAAUACGAAGAUCAUUUACAAGAACAUCGGAAGAAGUAUGUAGACACUUGUAACAAAAGACAUGUUAAAGUUGAAUGUAAAGAUUGCGGUAAAUGCGUUAGCAAGGCAUAUAUGAAACUCCACAUGAGAAUACUUCAUGGUACGCCCGAGGAACAAGCUGAGCGCCAAAUUAAAUGUGAAUUAUGUGGUCGCAGUUUUAACCGUAAUUACUAUGCUGACCAUGUCAAAAGAGUGCAUGGCAUCAAUAAAAAUACAGAUCAAGAAGAAUCAAAAUGUAUUACAUGUCCCGUGUGUGACAAAGAAAUCAAAGAAAGUAAAUAUGAGGCACAUGUAGCAGGGCAUGGUGGGCGGCUUAAGCAGUUUAUUUGUGAUAAAUGUGGGAAAGUAUUUAAGCAUCCCUCUGCUUUUAAAACUCAUUGCCUUACUCAUGGUAGUGAAUUAAAAUAUAAAUGUCAAUUCUGCCCCUAUAGGGGGUUACAUCAGGCAUUACUCAAAAUUCAUGUGAGGACACACACUGGAGACUACAAUUACAAAUGUACAGAAUGUCCAGCUCGAUUUAUAACAAAGAGUAAUUUGUCAAAACAUCUACAAAGGCACAAAGCUCCAAAUAGUUUUAAAUGCGAAGUUUGCAGUAAAUAUUUCUACACAAAACGAGAUCUUGAGAAACAUGCUAAAUGUGUACAUUUGUCUUUGAAAACUCAUGUAUGUGACAUUUGUGGCAAAGGGUUUGGACACAGAGACAAUUUGUUGAGUCACCAAUUAAAAAUGCAUAAAAGAGAUAAGUCUGGUCGUAAAGGUCGCAUGCCUUCCUAUCUGAAAGUUGACUUACAGAAUCUUGACCCAUCAUAAAUUCGUAAUUUGAUAUUUAAAGCUUUAAUACAUGUUGUAUGGACUAAAGUUCAUAGCAUAAUAUAAACAAAACACAUACGUCCCAUAGAGUUAGAAGAAAUAAUGUAUGGUUGGUAGCCAUUCAAUAUGGCCUAAAUUGGACUUCCCCAAUGUGAUAUUCUUUGCAGUACAAAUGACCUAGUUAUUUCAAGUCAGCAUGUCAGUCUGGUUUUAGAUAAUAAAUAUUAUAUUGAGCUGUUCAGCAUUCUCUUGUUUCUUAUUACUCUACGGCCUCUGCCUCGAAUUUUACGGCGCGGGUGUGGCAGGAUCUUAUGCGUAAAAUCAAAUGGACCGGUUUUCGAAAACACGGCGCAGGGGCGAGUAAAGGGCGGUGUACUCUAAUCAAGCAGUACCCGCAGCGCCGCCGUCGCCGCCCCGCUGCCUGCAAAAUUCGAGGCAGAGGCUUAAUAGGUGAUGGUAUGACCAAUGACGUUUUAAUAUAGGUAUUUGAUUUGAACAUUUUUACAGUUAGAAUUUGAAAUUAUGUUUUACAAUAAAAUUAUAU